CGGGGGGGGGCCCGCUCCCAGCCCGCCCCUCUCGCCGGCGGCGCCGCGCUGACCCGCUGCUCUGCCCGCAGGUCUCCAGCCGGCGCCGGGACCAGCUCCAGCUCUGCUCCCCCCCUCCCCGCCUCCCUCCCCCCCUCCCCGUCCGGUUUUUAUUCGCGCCCCCCUUGUUUUCUGCCCGCGGCGCCGCCUCCCUCCAUCCCCAGCCCCACCCCCCACGCAGCAAAAUGGUGCAGAAGAAACCCGAAAUCCAAGGUUUCCACCGCUCCUUCAAGGGCCAAAACCCCUUCGAUCUGGAGUUCGACCAGUCCAACCACCUGGAGUGCGUCUUCAACUUCGAGUGCCCGCCCCGUCCUGACAUGCCAUCAAGCCAACCCAUCGAUAUCCCCGAUGCUAAGAAGAGGAACAAGAAAAAGAAGCGCUGCAGAGCCACCGACAGCUUCUCCGGCAGGUUUGAAGAUGUUUACCAGCUGCAGGAGGAGGUGCUCGGUGAAGGCGCUCAUGCCCGGGUCCAGUCCUGUGUUAACCUCAUCACCAGCAAGGAGUACGCAGUGAAGAUCAUUGAAAAGCGCCUGGGACACAUCCGGAGCAGGGUCUUCCGGGAGGUGGAGAUGUUGUACCAGUGCCAAGGACACAGGAAUGUCCUGGAGCUGAUCGAGUUCUUCGAGGAGGAGGAUCGCUUUUACCUGGUCUUCGAGAAGAUGCGGGGAGGCUCUAUCCUGACGCACAUCCAUCGGAGGCGCCACUUCAAUGAGCUCGAGGCCAGCGUGGUGGUGCAGGAUAUCGCCAGCGCCCUCAAUUUUUUGCACAACAAAGGAAUAGCGCACAGGGAUUUAAAACCAGAAAAUAUUCUCUGCGAGAGCCCCGACCAGGUCUCCCCGGUGAAGAUCUGCGAUUUCGACCUGGGAAGCGGCAUCAAGCUCAACGGCGAUUGCUCGCCCAUCUCCACCCCGGAGCUGCUCACCCCGUGCGGCUCCGCCGAGUACAUGGCCCCCGAGGUGGUGGAGGCCUUCAACGAGGAGGCGUCCAUCUACGACAAGCGCUGCGACCUGUGGAGCCUGGGCGUCAUCCUCUACAUCAUGCUGAGCGGCUACCCGCCCUUCGUGGGCCACUGCGGCUCCGGCUGCGGCUGGGACCGCGGCGAGGCCUGCCACACCUGCCAGAACAUGCUCUUCGAGAGCAUCCAGGAAGGCAAGUACGAGUUUCCCGACAAGGACUGGGCGCACAUCUCCUUCGGAGCCAAAGACCUCAUUUCCAAGCUGCUGGUGAGGGACGCCAAGAAGCGGCUCAGCGCCGCCCAGGUCCUGGAGCACCCCUGGGUGCAGGGGUGCGCCCCGGAUAACACCCUGCCCACCCCCAUCAUCCUGCAGAGGAACAGCAGUGCCAAAGAGCUCACCUCCUUCGCCGCCGAGGCCAUCGCCGUCAACCGGCAGCUGACGCGGCGCGAUGAGGACGAGGAGGAGGAGGAGGCGGCCGCGGCGGCCCCCAUCAUCAUCAAAGCUACCUCAUGGGCCAUGCAGCUCUCGCCCCCCUCCGAGUCCAAGCUGGCCAAGCGGCGGCAGAAGAGCAGCCUGGCCAAGGCAGUGGCCGCUGGCCAGCACCUGGUGGCCCCGCCGCUGGUGCUGGUGGCCGACCAGGCCUGAGCACCGCCCCGCCGCUGCUGUGUGCUGGCCCCUCUCUCCUUUUCUUUUCUUUUUUCUUUUUUUUUUUAAAAAAAACAAGAAAAACAAAAAAAACAACACACCCUGUUUCUAGCUAGGGACAAGAUCAGGACUCUUCCCUGUUGGCUGGUUUCCAAGGUUUUUGCUGAUCUUGUAAGUCUGGGGGUGGGAGGGUUUGUUUAAGAACUAUAUAUAUAUAUAUAUAUAUUUUUUCCCCCUAAGGUAUUAAAUCCAAGCGUGAGGUUGCUUCUCCCGGGGCACGUUCAAGGACAGACGCACGGACUCUGUGUUUCUUGACUCCUGGUUUCUCCUCUGACUUCCCCCCGCCCCCCACCCUCCCCCCACCCCACCCCAACACCAAAGGACUCUUUGUACCCGGCGGCUGCUUUGACGAUUUCGGCUCGUUUCGUACUGUGAACAAAAGGCCCUCGGCCGCCUUCGCGGCGGCGGCAGACCCUCGGCUCCCCCUCUGCGGCUGCAGGUUUCUCACUGAUCUCCGGCGGGGGGGGGGGUGGAUCGAUCCUGUCGGCGAGGUGGUGGUGGGGGGAAACGGAUGGAGCCCAGUUGGGAGGCACCUGCGGGCGGAGGAGAAAAGCGGGGCGAGCCGUUGCCCGCGAGGGAGCAGGGACUUACUGAGCAGCCUGCUUCAAAAUAAGCUAUUUCCCCCACACACACCCCUCUUUUUUUUUUUUUUUUUUUAUUGUUAUUGGUUUUAAACUGCUAGCUGGGCUUUUUUCCAGAGCUGGCAUGGAGAAAUGUCUUCCUCAGUGCCCCUGCCCAGCACGGUGGGCUGGCGCUGCUGAGCGGCUCCCGGGGCGGAGGGGGCUCGGAGGGGCGCCCUGAAAUUGGGGACGGUGCCCAGGUUUGGGCGAUGUGCAGGGUUUUCGGCGAGGGGGCUCGCCGGCGCCCGGCGAGACCGCUGGGGUGGCGAAGCGCCAGCUUAAAAUAGCCAGUUUUGAGGGGAGAAGAGGGGGGAAAAAAAUAAUUAUUUUUUGGGGGAGCUUUGGCCAAAAGGCUGUGGGCUGGCUCCAAGCACACGCCUGUGCAUGCAUGUGCAUGCGUGUUGCAUGCAUGUCCCCCUCCAGCAGCAAAUGGCCCAGCUCCCCCUGUCCCACGUCCCCUCCGUGUCCCUUCCCACCCCAAAGCCCCCCCUGCCCCCUGGGGCCCAUGGCGAGGGAAGCUGCCCCCCCCCAAAAAAACCAUAUCCCCUUUGCGCUCGAUGCUUUGAGCUUUCUUUUUUUUCUUUUUUUUUCUUUUUUAUUUUUUGGAAAAGCAGCACGCACGGCUGGAGGGCUCGGGGGAGCUUUGCCCAGAGCCGGGAAGAGCCUCCCCAGGGGGCUUUUGUCGAAGCCGGUCGCUGUCUCAGAAUAAAGUUCUCCGUUUUAUUUUAGGACUGCUGACAGCAAUACUAUGCAAUAUACGUUGUUGGGGUUUUUUCUUGUUUUUGUUUCAGGGAGGUGCGUGCGUGGAUUAGCACGGGAGAUGAUCUUGAGCGCUGACGGCGGUCGGGGGAAAGGACUGGCAAUUUUGGCCCUUCCCGGCUGAGCGACGGGAAGGGCAACGCCGGCUGCCCCAAAACCGCCUCGCACUCGCGCUCUUCCUCCCUCCUCCUCCUCCUCUGGGUGCCCCCGGCACUGGGGGCCAUGGAGGGGACCGGGGGCCUUGGGGUCACCUGCCCCUGCCCCGAGCAGGCUGUGUCCCCCCCCCCUCAGAGAGGCAUCUUUAGAGGAGAGAAAAAAAAAGAAAAAAAAAUCCAUCUUGAUUGUACAUUGUUACAUUUUAUAGCUUAUUUUGUUUUAUCAGUUGUAGAUAAUUCCUUGUUGUCUUAUAUUAAGAAAUACUUGAAUGAUGUACAGUACGUGAUGCCUUGAGCUGGUAUUGUGAAAGCUGUUGUUAAUGCUGCACGCCGCAGCCUUUUUCUUUUCCUUUUUAAAAAUCGUGGGAAGGAGAUGGUGGGGGAAUAUCUCUGAAUUUUUCCUCCCUCCCCCCCCCCCCCCACCUGUGAUUUUUCUUGGCAAGCCAAGCUUCCCACCUGGAAGAUUUAUCUUUUUACCUACCCUCAUGAAAGGCUUGGGCAGGGGCACGUCCUUGAUGCUGGAGCCCCAGCCCCCACCGCAGCUCUGCGGGAGCAUUUUCGGGCGCCGCUCGGCUUAGCCGGCCCUUUUUUCCCUGGCUCUGUGGCCGGUGUUGGAAGGGGACUGUGGCGAGGGGCCGUCGCUUCUCCUGGGGCUGGUUUCCCAACGGAUGCUCCCCCUGACCGGUUCGGCAGUGCCUGGCGGCACCCUGCCUGCCGUGGCCCUUUGCCUGCCUCCUUGUGCUCUUGCAAAGCCUUUCCCACCCUGAAAAGCAUCUGUCCUGGAAACCACCUUAAAAAGUCCUUUUUUUUUUUUUUUUUUUUUGGUUUAUGUUAAGCUGGAAACUUUAAGUAUUUUGGCUCCCUCCACCCCAUCCCUUCUUCGACUGACUAACUCAACUUAGAACUGGUUAGAAACUUUUACUGUGAAGCUAUUUUUUUUUUUUUUUUAAUCAAUAUGGGAGGAACUUUUCUCCGUUUUACAACUGAUGAAGACUGCCAAAGCUGGUUCGACAAGAGUCACGUUAACGCGCACUGCUGGUUUGUACAACAGCAGCCUCCGGUCGGGGCGGGGAGGGGGGGCUGGCUUGAAAAUAAAAAUGAAAACAAACAAACUGAAAAAAAAAUUAAAAAGAAAAAAAAACAAAAAACAAGCACUUUACUGUAUGUACCAGGUGAACUGAUACAGCUGAAUUGAAGUUUUCCUUUAUAACAAUUGUUGAUGCCAGAAUUUUGUAUUCUGUUUUGUAAGAAUUUAAUAAAAAUGCGUUGAGACCUACGAGAGAA